AUGCCACCGAUUCCGGCUACCAGAGGCACAGUCGAUGCAUUCGGUUUCACUCCUGUCGAAGCAUCUGCAGAGAAACUCUUCGACCAGAUCGGACUACGUGAUAUGCCACCGCCUCCUGUGAUAACAGUUUCGGACACCCCAAUUCCGCGGACAAUUCUGGCGGACCGCAUUCAGGGAUACGCCAAGGUCCAUCUUCCUACCCCAACCUUCCAUCACUGUAUGAGGGUAUACCAUUAUGGAAUUGCAAUAAAGUGUUAUGCAUUUCCGACGUGGGGUUUUAGCGAUGAAUCCUACUUUAUAACCUGCAUGCUGCAUGAUAUUGGAACUACAGAUGAGAAUAUUCGAUCCUCAUAUAUGAGCUUUGAACUCUACGGCGGGUUUCUGGCCAUGGAUUUACUUCAAUAUCCUAUUAAUGAACACGCGUCAACCAUUAUUGACCCAGAAAAAAGGGUCACUGCGUCAAAUAUGCUUGCUGAAAGCGUUGUUGAAGCGAUAAUGCGACACCAGGACAUACGCGAUACUGGAAUGAUCACCGCUUUGGGGCAAUUGAUUCAACUGGCUACUAUCUUCGAUAACAUCGGAGGACACGAACAAUUACUUUCUCCCAGAACGGUGGAGGAUGUCAUCAAGCAUUAUCCACGUAUGCAGUGGAACAGUUGUUUUGCGGAAACAAUUCGUAAGGAAAUAGCUCUUAAGCCAUGGGCCCAUUCUACCACCCUUGGCACUGAAGAGUUCCCAGCACGAAUUGAGGGUAAUCCUAUUGGUUUGGCGUAUGAAAAACUGGAAACUGCUAAUGAAAAUAAUGAAACAAGUGGGAAAGCAGAAAAGAUGAAUGAUCAGUAA